GUUGCACAUUCAAAACAACCAAUAGAAACUCAGUCACAGUUUUCGCCUGCUAGGAUCCCGACAUCUAUAUAAAAGCAUGUCAAAAUUAAGACAGUCAUGUCUUAAAUUUCCUCGUGGCAUCCGCUCUGUUUAUUUUCUGGUUGUAAACGGUAACAUUUAAUCCACUGUAUGAUUGAAUGAUCAUUUUUCUAGCAAUCCCCAAGAGUAGAGUUGUGAGAAGCGUUUUAGCGCGCUCUAUGCUUGCAAUCUUUGCCAGUCAUUUGCUGUUCUUGGAGCUCUAUUUGGUAUUACCUUAUUUAUUAGGAGACGAGAAAUACUUAGCAUACAGCAUCUUGUUGUUUAUAUAUGCUUGUUUUUGUUCGAGUGUUACAUUGUGUAUUUAUAAAGACCCAAGUAUUCGUAGCCUACUGUUAUCGUCUAAGUCGAAACCAGAUUGGACUUAUUGUCUUACAUGCCAAACUUUACGACCGCCUCGUGCUCACCACUGUUUUGACUGUGCUGUAUGUGUUCUUCGACGUGAUCAUCACUGCACUAUUAUAGGUCAAUGUAUUGGUCAUGCAAAUUGGCGAUAUUUUUGUAAUACUUUAUUAUAUGGGUUAUUAGGUUGUGCAUUUAUGAGUUAUUAUAAUUUAAUAUUAAUAUUUCAAUCAGAUUAUUUUCCUAUAACAUGGUCUAUUUAUUAUCGACUGUUAUGUAUGAUUGCACCACCGGGUUUUAUGUGGUUAACUGGUUAUUUAACAUUUUUACAAAGUAUCAUCUUCUUGACAACAAGUUUAUCAACUAUCAUUACAUGUUUAUUAUUUAUAUUUAUGAUUUAUGAAUUCAAUUUAAUGUUCACAAAUCAAACAAUGUUUGAACGUACAUUCAAAUCAUUCGAUCAAUUCUAUUGGAGUAAUAAUGAUGAUAAUCAUAUGAAAGGUAUUAAAAAAUUUGGAGAAGAGAUGAAUAGUAGUGGUGGUAGUAGUAGUACUACAAUGACAAGUACAUCUGUACUACAUCAUCGACGACAAGAAUCAUUAUCCAAUCACUAUCCAUCUUUAUAUAAUAUCGGUUAUAAAAAUAAUAUUAAACAAUAUUUAGGUGAACGUUGGAUUCUUGCUAUUCUAUGUCCAUUUGUUCAUUCUCCAUUAACAACAGAUGGAUUAAGUUUUCCAACAUCAGAUAGUGUAAAAUUUAAAUGAUUGUUUUUUUUUUGUUUCCAUAUGUCUUUAUGUUUAUCUAAUGUCUUUUGUAUAGUAUUCUUUUUUGUGUGUUCAAUUUGAUUUUUCUGUUUGUAAAAAACUACCAUAUGCAUUUGAUUAUAAAACUAUUUCAUUUGUUUUUU